CCAAGACCUGCUCCGAAUCCCGCUUUUGCAGCCCGCCAGUCCGCCAGCCAGGUCCCAUUCUCGCGCUUCCAGUCCGUAGCAACUAUCAGAUAUCCAUCAAGAGAAAGCAACGGUCGCGAGACUGAUUUCUUCAGUUACUGCUAUUGUCGAGUCACUCAUUCUCCGAGACAAUACUUCCCUUUUGCGCCCGUGACUGCAACGCGCAAGCACGUGCACCGACUACUUCUCACCUUAACGCCUGCCACAGGAGCUCCCCUCGACAACAACCAUCACCACCACUGCGAGGCAGGAUCUGCUGGUCGGCACCACCCUCGCCCACACUUGCGACCCUCACCGCCCCGCCCUCACCACCGACAGCGCAUCAGCUCAGACACUUUGACUAGUCUGCUCUGGGUCCGAGGCGCCGCUCUUCCACACGGCUGCAAAACCACCCUACCCUCAUCAUCAACCACCCACGCUCGCACCACACUCGCGUGCGCUGACAUCUACCGUCGCGACAGUCGCGCGCUUCAUCUGAACGUCCAGAAAGAAAGCGCAUCCACUAUCGCAGUCAUGGAGACCGCAGCGUACAUGACCCACCCGAACACGGCGGCAGAGGCGAAGCAGUUUGCCGCACCUGGCUCGCUCUCGUUCCCUGGCGCUGCUGGUCACUUGACACCGCCUUCGUCAGAUGCUGGCCAGCCCAGCAAGAACGGCUCGAACGGACAACAGCAAGGAGGCAAUGCCGCACAAGGCAAUGGGGUGACGCCCGCCACUCCGGCUGCGACUCCAGGCCAGGCGAACACAGGUGUUAGUGGCAUCGUUCCAACUCUUCAGAACAUAGUAGCGACGGUGAACUUGGACUGCCGACUCGACCUGAAGACCAUUGCGCUCCACGCCCGUAACGCCGAGUACAACCCGAAGCGAUUUGCGGCCGUGAUCAUGCGUAUUCGUGAACCCAAGACCACUGCACUCAUCUUCGCCUCGGGCAAGAUGGUCGUGACAGGCGCGAAGUCCGAGGACGACAGCAAGCUUGCCUCGCGCAAGUACGCCCGCAUCAUCCAAAAGCUGGGCUUCAAUGCUAAAUUCACGGACUUCAAGAUUCAGAAUAUCGUCGGCUCUUGCGACAUCAAGUUCCCAAUCCGUCUCGAGGGUCUUGCGAGCAGACAUCAUAUGUUCUCAUCGUACGAGCCGGAGCUUUUCCCCGGUCUCAUCUAUCGUAUGAUGAAGCCGAAGAUCGUACUUCUGAUCUUCGUCUCUGGUAAGAUAGUCCUCACCGGUGCCAAGGUCCGUGAGGAGAUCUACCAGGCCUUUGAGCUCAUCUACCCUGUGCUCUCCGACUUCCGCAAGACCUAAAAAACUUCAACAACCAAAGGCAUCCUGUACCAGUAUUACGGUCUCUUGUAACAACACUACAUCAUUCAGAGGUUCGAUGCCAACCUCGACCAAAUCUCGACCGACACUCACGAUCACUCUACCACACUGGCCGUCGCCAGCCACCACUCACUGUGGGAUCGAAGAGACUCAACCAGAUGACAUUAUUUACGAUUUUGCUUUUCUUGCAUGGCGAGGUGUUUUACGGCGUUCACUCAUGCAACCCCCACACUGGAGCUUUUUAAUGGGCUUUCACUACUCCUGAAGUGAUGGGUUGCGACUUGAGUUUCAUCAACCAUUAGACUUUGGGGCGCGAGCGCUGGCAAAAAAGGAACAGCCAGCAUUUGCGCGAACAGAGGCUCUAUAAGAGAGUCUUACCAAGAUUGACGACACAGCAAGGCGGAAAUUGGUCAAAAGCUAGAUGCGAUGCACUGCGACGGCAUCGGCAGCGAGCAUGCAUGCUGGAUUGCUGAUAAUACGCGGAAGCAGAAAGAGUAUCUGAGAUAUGGCUUACAGGUAGUGCACCAAUGCCAUUCUCGUGCUUAAUUGA